CUAGUCUAUCUCUGCAAUGAUCCUUUACCAGGCUUUGUGGUAACUUCUUCUUUAACCUCAGGCUGCAUGAUGGAUAUUAAAAUCUAGGAGGACUCUAGGAGGAUCUAGGAUCAAUGGCUGUUCAGUUUGAAGCAAGACUAUAUACCUCACUUUGUACUUACAGAUUGAGGCCUGUCAGAACACUCCAGAGAGCAGCAGUCUUGUGCAGAAAUGUGAGCAACAGAAGCUACUCAAGAGGAGUGCAGGUGAUGGGUCCGGGUGAUUGCUGGAGAUUUCGUUCAGCUUCCUUGUCUUCAUUCAAAGGAUUGAGAAAGUAUUCCUUUUCUCCUCAACCUGCCCUCCCAUCGACAGUCGCUUUUGAGCUGAGUCGCAUAAUGACACCCGAGGAUACCAAUGUGGCGGGCAAUGUCCACGGGGGCACCAUUUUGAAUUUAAUAGAACGUGCUGGUUUCAUUGUUUCUACUCGGCAUUGCAAUAGACAAGUUGGGAAUACGGAAGAGGCUCUGACGUCUGCUUUAGUUCGUCUAGAGCACAUGGAUUUCUACAAGCCGAUGUUUGUUGGAGAGGUAGCACGAUUACAGGCAGCUGUGACUUACACUUCGUCUCGUUCGAUAGAGGUCACUGUGGACGUAUGGGCUGACAAUAUAGUCACUGGAGAGAGGAGGCUAACAAACACUGCUCACCUCUGGUAUGUUGCCAUACCAGCAAGCAUUUUAGAGCAAGAAGCUUAUCAAGAAUUACGCACACAUAUUCGACCUGUCCCACAACUCAAAGGACUCUCUAAAAAACAGAUGGAGGAAGGAGUAAAAAGAUACAAACGACAGAAAUCCAGUCGAUUAAAACAGUCUGUAAAUGCAGAAGCUUACGGUCAGUACCAAGAUUUUGCCCAAACCUUGAGAGAUGUCGAACCACACACAGUGUUAGCUUCACAAAUCACCCUUACAAAUCUAGUGUUGCCCUCUGACUGUAAUGUGUAUGAUCACCUGACUGGAGGCUCCCUCAUGAAGAUGAUGGACAAUGCAGCCACCGUAUGCACUGAGAAGCACUGUUUGGGCAGGGUGGUGACUGCUUGCAUUGAUGAGAUCAACUUCAACAUACCUAUCAAUAGUGGACAGAUGGUGUUUGUGACAGCCAGACUGGUGUACAUCAGUAAAAAAUCAAUGGAGGUUGAGGUGACUACAGAGGCUGAGGGACUAUCCAACACACGCUAUGUGACUAAUACCGCCUAUUUUGCGUUUGUCUCUCUGGGCGAAGACCUCAGUGCUCGGCCAGUGCCCCCCUUGGUGCUCAAGAGUGAGGAAAAGAAGAGUCGAUUCCAAGAAGGAAAUAAACGUUAUGAGACUAGAAAGAAAAUUAGAAUGGACACUCACACCAAAACCUAAUUUAUUUUUGUUCUUGUAUCAAAACUCAUAGCCAUAAUUAAUUCUUCCCGCGC